AUGGCAUCCGAUAUCGAACCGGAGAUUGUUCUCUACGACCUAGCUAACAUCAAGAAUGUUUGCUUCUCCCCCGCUGUCUGGCGCAUCCGCCUGCUGCUCAACUACAAGCAAGUCCCUUACAAGACCAUCUUUCUGGAGUUCCCGGACAUCGAGCCCACGCUCAAGGGACUCAGUGGCCUGGUCCCGGGCGAAGCCGCCAAGGGCUUAUACACGGUCCCAGCCAUCCACCACGUGCCGACCGACAAGCACAUCAUGGACUCAGCGCCCAUCUCCCGUUUCCUCGAGGCAACGUACCCAGAUCCUCCGGUGCCACUGGAGUCCGAGCUGGGCCGGGAGAUCGAGGCCCGCGCCCGCGCCGUGAUCGGCCCCAUCAUGUCCAAGUCGGUGAUGCCGCGCGAGAUCAGGAUCCUGGCCCCGCGCGCGGCAGAGUACUUCCGGCGCACGCGCGAGGCCAACCUGGUGGGGCGACAGCUUGAGGACCUUCUCGACCCUGCCUCCGAGGAUCAGGCAUGGGCGGAGGCGGACGGGCCCAUGGACGCUGUGGGCAAGUUGAUACGGACAAACGCGGCCGAUGGCCCGUUUGUGUUGGGCGCGCGGCCAAGCUAUACCGACUUCUUCAUCGCGGGUGCCCUCCAGAGUGCGAGGACGGUCGAUGAGGGUGUCUUUGGCAGGCUGGUGAAGUAUCCUGGGUACUCGGAUGUUUACUCGGCUUGUCUGCCUUACAUGGGCAAGAUUGACCAAGAGGCUGCUUUGCCGGUACUGACCUAG